AUGGUUAUGAGGAUUCGACGACCCGUGCCGCUGCUGGCCGGCCUUUUGAUCUUGGCCCUGCUUUCGGCAACGACCUCUUUUGCUGUGGGCCGCUUCGGACGACUCCAAACGUCGACUCCAGGAAAGACUGCGCAAGCACCUCUGACCGGAGCUCCGCCGACCCUUCCGAGACCUGAGAGGACAGUCACUACGCGACACCUCUUUGGCCUGGGUACCUCCGAGUUGCUAGUGAUCCUCGGCGCAGCCAUCCUCUUCUUCGGCCCAGAGACCUUGAAGGGCCUCGCAAAGGAAGCCGGCAAGGCAGCUGGAGACCUCAAGGAGGUGCCGAAGGCCUUUGAAGAAGGGAUGAGUGAGACGGACAAGACGAAACCCGGGGACGAGGAAGCUCAGGAGCCCAAGAAGACGGAGCUCAAGAAGGAAGAGAAGCCAGAGUCGUGA